AUGUCAAGGAGAAUGUCGUUCAUAUUGAUCCUCAUUUUCUUUUUGCCAUUUGUGCUUUGUCAAACGCCAAUGAAUUUGAUGGUCGUAAUAGAAGAAUCCGAUUCAUCUAUUUUGGGUAUUUUAAACGACGCGGUUCCAGAGGCAGAACGAAAUUUUGCUAAUGACAUGAUUACUGUUGAUGUUUCUAUUGUCACAGUAAAUCGCGAGAAUGUAGAUGCAAGUUUCAAGACAGUCUGUGCCAUUCUAUAUAAAGGAAUAAGUAUCAUACUGGAUAUGACGUGGACUGGUUGGGAUAAAUUACGAAAUAUUGCGGACGAAAGAGGAAUAAUAUACAAACGUGGCGAUUGCAGUAUAAGUCCGUAUGUUCAAGCGAUUGAUGAUCUUUUGAUUAUGAAAAACGCAACCGAUGUUGGCUUAAUUUUUGAAGAUGAAAGAGAGUUAAAUCAGAGCCUUUAUUAUCUUAUCGGAAAUUCGAUAAUUAGAUUGGUGGUCAUUGACGAAUUGACAGAAAGAACUGUAGCGAAAAUACGGGGUAUGCGACCAUCACCGUCUUAUUAUGUAAUUUAUGCUAGCACAGCGAAAAUGGAAGAACUAUUUAAAACGGCUAUUGGAGGAGGACUCGUUAAAAGAGAAGGUAUCUGGAAUUUAGUAUUUACAGACAAUAAUUAUAACGAAUUUCGUUAUAUUACCGGUGAUCUUCAGUUAAAUGUUUCAUUUACCGUUCUUAAUAUGAAGACUGACAUUUGUUGUCGUUUAAUGGGCGAUGUAUCUUGCACAUGUCCUCCAAAUUUUAAGAUAUUCCCGCACUACUUCAAACGUUUGAUUGGCUUGAUCGUAAGCUUGAUGAGUGAUGUUCAAAGAGGAGGUGUAAGUGUAGCUGCAAAGACAGGUCAGUGUGAUAAACCAGUUAAUUCCACUUCAACUUCGAACAUCACAAUGGAAACAUUCAAUAAGAUUUUAAUGACAAGAUUGGACAGUAACGAUACUUUCGAAUAUUGGUCAGAGAAGGCUAUGAUCACUUACAAAGCGGAGAUCGAGUUACAAAUGGUUAGUCAUGGUUUUGUAGAUGCGCUCGCAACUUGGACGAGACGUACAAAAAUUAAAGAAGCCGAUGGGAGGAAAAUAGAACCAGCCAAGCGAUUCUUCCGGAUUGGAACGGCACCGUCAAUUCCAUGGUCUGUAAUUAAGAAAGAUCCAGUGACGGGUCAAGACAUGCGUAACGAGGAUGGAAAAGAAAUUUGGGAAGGUUACUGUAUAGAUUUUAUUCAAAAAUUAUCCGAGGAGAUGCAAUUCGAUUAUGAUCUUGUUAUUCCUGAAGAUCUAGAGUUUGGCAAAAAAUUGUCUAAUGGUGAAUGGAGCGGUCUGAUAGGUGAUCUGGCUAAAGGAGAAACUGAUAUUGCUGUGGCGUCUUUAACAAUGACAUCAGAGCGAGAAGAAGUCAUUGAUUUUGUUGCACCCUAUUUCGAACAGUCCGGUAUAUUAAUCGUAAUGAGAAAGCCAAUCCGUAAAACAUCUCUAUUUAAAUUCAUGACAGUAUUGAGACAUGAAGUCUGGCUUAGUAUAGUAGGAGCGUUAACUUUGACCGGUAUUAUGAUUUGGAUAUUAGAUAAAUAUUCACCAUACAGUGCAAGGAACAAUAAACGACUUUAUCCCUAUCCUUGUCGAGAAUUUACAUUGAAAGAGAGCUUUUGGUUCGCACUGACAUCUUUUACGCCACAAGGUGGUGGUGAAGCUCCAAAAGCAUUAUCAAGCAGAACUUUGGUUGCAGCUUAUUGGCUAUUCGUUGUACUGAUGCUCGCGACUUUUACUGCAAAUUUAGCUGCUUUCCUUACUGUGGAAAGAAUGCAAUCACCUGUACAAUCAUUGGAACAAUUGGCUAGGCAAUCACGUAUAAAUUAUACCGUUCUAACCAAUUCUAGUGCUCAUCAAUAUUUCCAAAACAUGAAAAAUGCCGAGGAAAAGCUAUAUACAGUAUGGAAAGAAAUUACACUAAAUAGCACCAGCGAUCAAGUAGAAUAUCGUGUCUGGGAUUAUCCAAUAAAGGAACAAUACGGUCAUAUUCUACAAGCUAUUACUCAAGUGGGACCAGUCAAGUCUACCGAAGAUGGUUUUAGAAAGGUGAUAGAAAGCGAAGAGGCCGAAUUUGCGUUUAUUCAUGAUUCGUCGGAGAUAAAAUAUGAAGUAACGAAGAACUGCAAUUUAACGGAAGUAGGCGAAGUAUUUGCCGAGCAACCGUAUGCUAUUGCCGUACAGCAAGGCAGUCAUUUACAAGAAGAAAUAAGCAGAAAAAUACUGGAUUUACAAAAAGACAGAUAUUUUGAGACAUUAGCAGCCAAGUAUUGGAAUCAGACAUUAAAAUCUCAAUGUCCAAAUUCCGAUGAUAAUGAGGGAAUUACAUUGGAGAGUUUAGGAGGUGUAUUUAUUGCAACUUUGUUUGGACUGGCACUGGCGAUGAUUACUUUAGCCGGUGAAGUUCUUUACUAUCGUAAACGCAACAACUCUCAGAAAGGAAAACAGAAUAACAAAAAAACAAUUAAAGAUAUUGAGAAUGAUAAAAUCAUCAUGCAAAAAAUUGCAUCAAAGCUUCGAAUGAAGCCCGCGCCUACUGAUGCAGUUUUCGGCAAACAACUUAAUCACACGCCGCGUGUUUCACACAUCUCUGUCUAUCCACGAAAUUUCCCUUUUAAGGAGUAA